AUGAAAAAGGUUUAUGUUUUUAUUUUUAUCAUCUAUUUUUAUCUAUCUAUCUAUCUAUUAAUUAAAUCUAUCUAUCUAAUUUAUGUAAUUUCUUUCUUUCUUUCUUUUAUUUAUCAAAUUUUCUUUUUUAAAAUUUUCUUUCUUUCUUUAGAUAUAUUUUAUCUAUUAAUAACAUCUAAAAUCUGUCUCUUCUCCCUUUCCAUCUAUCUAUCUAUCUAUCUAUCUAUUAUCUAUCUCAUAUUUAUAUUUGUUUAUUUCUAUCUAUUUAUAUUUAUAAAUCCAUCUCAAAAUCUUAAAAUCUAUAUCUAUCUAUCUAUCUAUCUAUCUAUCUAUCUAUGUCAGAAUUUUUUUCUUUCUUUUUAUCUCAUUUUUUUUUUUUCUAUCUAUCUAUCUAUCUAUCUAUCUAUCUAUCUAUCUAUCUAUUCUGAAUAUCUAUCUCAGUCUCUUCUUUUUUUUAAAAUCUAUCUAUCUAUCUUAUCUCAGUCUGUUCGUAUCUAUCUAUCUAUCUAUCUAUCUAUCUAUCUGGGUGCUUCUAUCUAUCUAUCUAUCUAUCUAUCUAUCUAUCUAUCUAUCUAUCACAAUCUAUUCAUAUAUGAGAAAGUCUGUCACUAUCUAUCUAUCUUUCUAUCUCAACAUUUUCUUAUCUAUUUAUUCUCUCUCUCCAUUUCUCUUAAUAUCUCCUUCUCCCUCUUUCUAUACACACAAACACAUACAUUUUCUUUUAUCACCAGACACUUACCAGCGCGUUUCAUCAGAGACGAAAAUUUAAAUGUGAAUCGAAAAAUCGGAAAACGGUCUGUUAUAAAAUGCCCAAGUAAUGUUUUCCUUCCUUUCUUCCUUCCUUCUUUCUUUCCUUCUUUCCUUUCCUUCCUUCCUUUUUUCCUUUUUUUUUUUUCCUUCUUUCCUUCCUUCUUUCCUUCCUUCUUUCUUCCUUCCUUUCUUCCUUCAUUUCCUUUCCUUCUUUCUUUCCUUCCUUCCUUUCCUUUUUCUUUUUUUUUUUUCUUUCUUCCUUUCUUUCUUCCUUUCUUUUUUUUUUCUUUUUUUUCUUUCUUUUUUUUUCCUUCCUUCCUUCCUUUCCUUCCUUCUUUCCUUCCUUUCUUCCUUCCUUCUUUUUCCUUCCUUUCCUUCCUUCCUUUCCUUUUCCUUUCCUUCUUUCUUCCUUCCUUUCUUUCUUUUUUUUCUUUCCAUUCCUUUUUCCUUUCUUUCCUUCCUUCUUUUUUCUUUUUCCUUUCUUUUUGUAAUUUUCCUUCCUUCCUUCCUUCCUUUUCUUUCUUUCCUUCCUUCCUUCCUUCAUUCCUUCCUUCCUUCCUUUCUUUUUCUUUUCAUUUUUUUCUUUCCUUCCUUUCUUUCCUUUUUCCUUCCUUCCUUUCCUUUUUUCUUUCUUCCUUCCUUCUUUCCUUUUCUUCCUUUUCCUUUUUUUCCUUUCUUUCCUUCCUUCCUUCCUUUUUUUCCUUCCUUCCUUCAUUCCUUCCUUCCUUCCUUUCCUUCCAUCCUUCUUUCCUUUUUUCCUUCCUUCCUUCCUUCCUUUCCUUCCUUCCUUCCUUCCUUCCUUCCUUUCCUUCCUUCCUUCCUUCCCCCAUUCUUUCUUUCCUUCCUUCCUUCCCUUCCUUCCUUCCUCCUUUCCUUCCUUCUUUCUUUCCUUCCUUCCUUCCUUCCUUCUUUUCUUUUCCUUCCUUCCUUUUUUCUUUCCCUUCCAUCCUUCCAUCCUUUCUUUUUUCCUUCCUUCCUUCCACCAUUCCUUCCUUCUUUCCUUCCUUCCUUCCUUGCUUUCCUUCCUUCAUUCCUUCCUUCCUUCCAUUUCUUCCUUCCUUCCUUCCUUCCUUCCUUCUUUCCUUCCUUCUUCUUUUCCUUCCUUCCUUCCUUCCUUCCUUCCUUCCUUCCUUCCUUCCUUCCUUCCUUCCUUCCUUCCUUCAUCCAUUCCUUCCUUCUUCCUUCCUUCCUUCCUUCCUUCCUUCCUUCCUUCCUUCCUUCCUUCCUUCCUUCCUUCCUGCAUUCCAUCCUUCCAUCCUUCCUCCCUUCCUUCCUUCCACUAUUCCAUCCUUCCUUCCUGCACUCCAUCCUUCCUUCCUUCCUUCCUUCCUUCCUCCAUUUCUUCCUUCCUUCCUUCCUCCAUUCCUUCCUUCCUUCCUUCCUUCCUUCCUUCCUUCCUCCAUUCCAUCCUUCCUUCCUUCCUCCAUUCCUUCCUUCCUUCCUUCCUUCCUCCAUUCCAUCCUUCCUUCCUUCCUCCCUUCCUUCCUUCCUCCAUUCCUUCCUUCCUUCCUUCCUUCCUUCCUUCCUUCCUUCCUUCUUCUGCGUUCUUAA